GUGCGUGCUUCCGCCCUCCCUGCGGCAGAAGCCUCGGUGCGCCGACCUGCGCUGCCGCGUGCGCAUCCUCGGGACCGGGCACUAUCUGCCGCCAAACAUCGUGACGAAUCGCGAGAUAGAGCGGCGGGGCGGCCUUGAGCCGCUCUCCCUCGACCGGGCCCGCAGCGGCGUGACCGAGCGGCGCUUUGCAGCGGACGAUGAGCGAGCCAGCGCCAUGGCUGCGGCGGCGGCGAGGCAGGCGCUCGAGGCGGCGGGAGUGGCUCCCGAGUCGUUGACUUGCAUCGUGCACGCCUCGGGAACUCCAGAGCAGUGCCUCCCCGACGGCGGCCCGCUGCUGCAGCGUGAGCUCGGACUGGGCGGCUCGGGGAUCCGCGCCUUCUCUGUCCACGCCACCUGCCUCUCGUUCCUCGUCGGCCUCGAGACGGCGUGCAUGCUGCUCGCGCGCGCAGACACGCCGGACGACGCGCUGAUCCUCGUCUGCUCGUCCGAGAUCUCCUCGCGGCACGUCGACCCGACAGACGAGCACGUGGCCCCCCUCUUUGGCGACGGGGCCGCGGCGUGCGUCGUGCGCAAGGCCUCGUGGCGCGAGGGGUCGGCGCUGCACCGCGCGCACAUGGAGACGUAUGCGGACGGCGCGAGUCUCACCGAGGUGCGAGGCGGCGGCACCAACUUCCCCUUCCACCGGGUCGACGACCGCGCGGCGCCAAACCCAGCAGCCACCCGCGAGGUCAACCACUUCCAGAUGGACGGGCCCGCCACGAUGCGGAUGGUGCUGCAGCACGGGCCGGGCUUCAUGGAGCGGCUCCGGCCAGGUCUCUCGUCCGGGCUCGGGGACAUCGCAUGGGUGGUGCCGCACCAGGCAAGCGGGCUCGCACUCGACGCGAUCACCGACGCGCUGGGCUGGCCAGCGGAGCGCAUGCUGCGCACGCUCGACCGCCUCGGCAACGUGGUUGCCGCCUCGAUCCCGCUCACGCUCCACGCGGGCGUCACCUCGGGCCGCAUCCAGCGCGGCGACAAGCUGCUCCUAAUGGGCACGGGUGCGGGGCUCUCUUUCGGGGGCAUGAUCCUCACCUUUUGA